UGGAAUACUCACUGCCAAAACAGAACAGAGGAGAUUCAUUUCAAGGCUGAUCUACAGUUUCAUGAACUUUUACCCUCGCUGUGUGCAGGCAAAAGUUUGCGGAAUGCCCUGAAAAAUGAUGUGACCACAGCUACAACAUAGUUUGGAGUCUGCCAGACAAGUACGUAGACAGUGAUUGACUGAAGGGUAUUUUGCCUCUCUUCCCACAGGAGGCUGUGACCGAGAGGAUGUGUUCAGAGCCCUGGGCACUGCAAUGGUGUGAGGAUGGAGUUCUGACCUCAGGCGGUUCUUCCACCUCAUAAUACUCACCCUACUCACUACACACUGGUGCCAAUGUUGAGCAGAUCACCUAGACUCUAGGUCAUCUGUUUCUGUUGGUGUGGGAGUGAGAGACAUGAAGGCUGUGAUUAGUGGGCUGAGCCUGUGAGUGGACCUAUGGCAGACAGACAGCACAGUGCAGGUUCCUUUCUAUGACUCUACCAUGGACCACAUCAUCUGUUGCCUGCUGGUCCUGGGAGCCACAAUUAUGAUCACCCAUGCAUGCCCCAAGUACUGCAUGUGCCAGAAUCUGUCCGAGUCCCUAGGAACAUUGUGUCCAUCCAAAGGCCUUCUUUUUGUGCCUCCAGACAUUGACCGCAGCACAGUGGAACUCCGUCUGGGAGGGAACUACAUCCUCCGCAUUACACAGCAGGACUUUGCCAAUAUGACUGACCUGGUGGAUUUGACCCUCUCCAGGAACACUAUCAGCUACAUUCAGCCCUUCUCCUUUGGUGACUUGGAAACACUGCGCUCGCUUCAUCUGGACAACAACCGCUUGAUGGAGUUAGGCCCUGAUGACUUGCGAGGCUUGGUCAACCUGCAGCACCUCAUUGUUAACAACAACCAACUAGGACGCAUCCAUGAUAAAGCCUUUGAGGAUCUGGCACCUGCUUUGGAGGAUCUUGAUCUCUCCUUCAACAACCUGCUGUCUUUGCCCUGGGACUCUGUCCGUCAGAUGAUUAACUUGCACCAGCUCAGCCUAGACCACAAUCUAUUGGACUUCAUUCCAGAGGGCACCUUCACUGACCUGGAAAGGCUGGCUAGAUUGGACCUGACCUCAAAUCGCUUGCAGAAGCUUCCCCCAGACCCCAUCUUUGCCCGUGCCCAGGAUUCACUGAUUCUGACUACACCCUAUGCUCCCCAGUUGUCCCUAAGCCUGGGUGGGAACCCCCUUCACUGUAACUGUGAGAUGCUGUGGCUUCGAAGGCUUGAGAGAGAUGACGACCUGGAGACUUGUGCCUCCCCUCCUGCCCUGAAGGGUCGUUACUUUUGGAAUUUGAAGGAGGAGGAGUUUGUGUGUCAACCACCUCUCAUUACCCAGCAUACCCACAGAAUGCUGGUCUUGGAGGGCCAAACAGCCAGUCUAAGGUGUGAAGCAACUGGCGAUCCUUCUCCUACCAUCCACUGGAUCUCCCCAGAUGACCGUCUGCUUGGCAACUCCACUAGAACCUCUGUGUACAGCAAUGGAACCCUUAGCAUCACCAUCACCACCUCCAAGGACUACGGCACCUUCACAUGCAUUGCUGCAAACGUGGCGGGGGAGUCGACUGCCUCUGUGGAGGUGUCCAUCGUCCAGCUGCCCCACCUAAGCAAUGGCACUGGGCAGCCAGCAUCACCAAAGUCACGCUUGUCUGAUAUCACAGGAAUCACCAGGAUCAGCAAAGGGGUUCCCAAGAGCCAACCAGAGAGGACUGUGUUUGUUUCUGAGGUGACAGCUGUUUCAGCGCUGGUCAAGUGGACGGUGAGCAAAUCAGCUCCCAAGGUGAAGAUGUACCAGCUCCAGUACAACUGUUCUGAUGAUGAAGUUCUGAUCUACAGGAUGAUUCCAGCCUCCAGCAAAGCUUUCUUGCUGACAAAUCUAGUGUCGGGGACCCGCUAUGAUCUGUGCGUGCUGGCCGCCUGGGAUGACACCGCCACCACGCUCACGGCCACCAACGUCGUGGGCUGUACCCAUUUCUUCACCCAGGAUGACUACCCUCAGUGCCAGUCUCUGCCUAGCCAGUUGCUGGGAGGCACCAUGAUCCUGGUGGUGGGAGGAAUCAUUGUGGCCACUUUGCUUGUGUUCAUCGUCAUCCUCAUGGUACGCUACAAAGCUGCAGAUACUGAACCCCCAGCAGGGAAGCUGACUGGUGUCAGUGAUACACAUUCUCAGACCAACGGGGGGCGACUCUGGCAAAAUGGGUUUCUGAUGGCCCAGUCUCAGUCUCAGCCUCAGCCUGAGCCAAAAGUCAAGGCCAAAGUGACUCUGCAGGAUGAGGUGGUGGAGUUUAAAUGUGGCUCCCUCCAGAGUAGCCUCAGCUCUUCUUCCUCUUCUUCAAGCUCUGUGGCUGGGGCUUCAUACAGCCCCAACACAACGCUUGCCAGUAUUUGGAGGUCAGCCCACCCCAAGCCCCGGUCCAACCUAGACCACCUACUUGGGGCCUUCACCUCGCUGGAAUUGCGGGGAGCACAGGACUGCGACCUGGUAGCACCCAGUAGCACUGCACUAAAGGCAGCAAAACCCCACACAGACAGGGAGCCGCUGCUGGGCCGAACCCUGGACUCUAGCCUCAGCCGACUCCUCAUGCUACCUCUGGACUCCAAGCCAAAACGGAGCCAGUCCUUCGACAUGGGAGAUGUUACAGGCGCUGGUGCUUCUCAGCUGUGCAGCAAACCACGCAGGAUCAGCAGUAUUUGGACAAAGAGGAGCCUGUCUGUAAAUGGCAUGUUACUACAGUGUGAGGAGGAAGGGGACACAGGAGGGAGCAAAGGGACAAUAGACAGUGCUGACUGGGUGAUGGAGAGUACUGUGUAGGAAAGAUGCAGGACUGUCACACUGUCAAACACUGUCCAAAUGGAUGGCCAAGAGCCGAGCCAAGACAGACCUGCUGGUUUAAGAGCCUUUGUCCUACACAAAGCACACAUAUAAUUUUUUCAAUCCACCACAAGACAGAACCAAGAGGUUUUACAGUCACAGCCAAAUACAAACUUAAGGACCAAGCCCUUUGGAUUGUUUUGCCUCUCACACAAACAGUUAUGGAUUAAAACGGCUGAUCAGCUGAAGGGAAAUGGCAAACAGUUCUGUCUGUCUGCCCAUAAUAUGUGGUUACGGCCAUGGACUGUUAUUAUACUGUAUAAAUUUAAAUA